UUUAAUAAAAUUAAAUGCCUGCCAACACUUGCCGAAGGCGACAAGGUACUGAAUGCAGACCGUUCUUGAGGAAGUGAUACCCCAACGUCGGAGAACGCCCGAGUGAUCAGUGGAUUUCGCGGCAAAUGUUGAGAGGGCCCGGCAAUUCUCUCUCUCUCUCAAUCCGGUCAGUCGCCGUUGGCUCGUUCUCCGUCGGCUGCUGUCGCUGCCGCAAAACAAAAUGAGCCGCCAUUCUGGACCUUUAAGCUUCGUCCGGUACCCUGCCUCUUUAACGCUCGUUGCCUUCUGUUGGUAUUCUAUUUAGGGGCAGGACUGCCGAAGAGUGCCGCAGAGGGGAACAGGGAAAAGGCAAGGAGGAGGAGGAAGAAGAAAGGGUUCGGAGUAAAGAAAUCCAGAUGGAAGGGACGAGGGAUCAGAGUGGUAACAGUCAGAAUGGUUCAUCCAAGGAGGAGAAGGCUUCGAUUGAGAAGCGAACGAAGGGGAGCAUUGUAAUCCCUCCUUACAUGAAGGCCGUGUCUGGGUCGCUGGGCGGGACGAUGGAGGCUUGCUGCCUGCAGCCUAUCGACGUCAUAAAGACGAGGCUGCAGCUUGACCGCUCCGGCAACUACCAGGGAAUCGCCCACUGUGGCCGCACUAUCAUCCGAACAGAAGGCGUUAGGGCGCUAUGGAAGGGCCUGACCCCUUUCGCCACCCACCUUACCCUCAAGUACACAUUGAGGAUGGGCACCAAUGCCCUCCUUCAAUCCGCCUUUGCCGACCCGGAGACCCGCACGAUCAGUCAUAGGGCCAGGCUGAUGGCAGGUUUUGGCGCUGGCGUCUGCGAGGCCCUACUUAUCGUUACCCCUUUUGAGGUGGUAAAGAUUAGACUGCAGCAGCAGCGAGGUUUGAGUUCUGAGCUUCUGAAGUACAAAGGACCAGUGCACUGUGCCCGAACCAUCAUACAUGAAGAGGGGGUUUUGGGACUUUGGGCUGGUGCUGCACCAACUGUUAUGCGUAAUGGCACCAAUCAAGCUGCCAUGUUCACAGCGAAGAAUGCAUUUGAUGUAGUGCUGUGGAAGAAACAUGAGGGAGAUGGUCGUGUUCUGCAGCCUUGGCAAUCAAUGAUUUCAGGAUUCCUUGCAGGUACUGCCGGUCCGGUGUGUACUGGCCCCUUUGAUGUAGUGAAGACAAGGCUUAUGGCUCAAAGUAGAAGUGAGGGAGAAGUGAAAUACCGGGGAAUGUUCCAUUCCAUAAGAACGAUCUUUGCCGAAGAGGGACUUCUGGCCUUGUGGAAGGGGCUGCUGCCUAGGCUUAUGAGAAUUCCUCCAGGCCAGGCAAUUAUGUGGGCAGUGGCUGAUCAAGUGACUGGUUUUUACGAGAGGCGGUAUUUGCACAAAACUGCCAACUUAUAAGCGUCAUUAUAGAUGGAGUGAUUUUUUUUUUUCCUGAGGCAUGCCUAUUCAAGUAUUUUCCCUGUCCGCUCCAUGAUCAAGAAGCUUCCGCCCUAUAAAUGGAGGCCGUGACAUGGAUAAUAAUUAAUAACCAUCAUUAUAGGGUAGUGCACUUUUUGUAAAACCAAGCCUCAACAAUUUUGAGCAUUGAAUGGACAUUCUUUGAGUUUCCUUUAUGCUAUUCAGGACUGCUAGUUCUUUAUUUA